ACUUAUUUUCUCAUUGUGUGUGUGAGAAAGAGAUAUGGAAGGUGAUAAACAACGUUGUUAUAAGGUGAUCAUUGUCGGAGCCGGACCAUCGGGGCUGGCAAUGGCGGCGAGUUUGAACAUACUUUCGAUUCCAAACGUUAUAUUGGAAAGAGACAAUUGUUUCGCUCCCUUGUGGCAAAACAAAACAUACGAUCGCCUCAAACUUCAUGUAGCGAAAUCAUUUUGCGAACUUCCUCAUAUGCCAUACCCGAAGUCUUACCCUACUUAUGUUUCUAGGAAAGAACUCGUUCAAUACUUGGAUCACUACAUUAAUCACUUCAAAAUUACUCCAAGGUAUAAUAGAUUUGUGGAGUCGGCUGACUAUGUUGAAUUUGAGAGUACUAAGAAAUGGAAUAUCAAGGCGAGAAACAUCAACUCGGAAGAGAUGGAAGAAUAUAGUUGCGACUUUCUUAUUGUGGCAACGGGAGAGAAUGGCGAUGCGUUCAUUCCGAAUGUGGAGGGACUAGAAACAUUCGUAGGAGAAGUGAUACACACCACUCAAUACAAGUCUGGCGAAAGAUACGCUGGAAAGAAUGUGUUGGUAGUGGGAUCUGGAAAUUCCGGCAUGCAAAUUGCACUCGAUCUUGCUAAUCAUGGUGCCAAGACUUCCAUUGUCGUCAAAAGCGAUAUGCAUAUAUUAUGGAGUGAAGCUACAAAUGUUGGAUUAUAUCUAUUGAAAUACAUCUCGGUGUAUUGGGUGGAUUCUCUUUUGGUUAUGUUGAGCAAACUUAAAUAUGGAAAUGAUUUAUCCAAAUAUGGUUUCAAAAGGCCUAAAGAGGGACCUUUUCUCAUGAAAGACAAGUAUGGAAAGUAUCCUAUCAUUGAUAUUGGUACAAUGGACAAGAUCAAAUCCGGCCAAAUCCAGGUUUUACCAUUAAUUAUGGAGAUUAAAGGGAGUGAAGUGUCAUUUAAUAAUGGGAAAUCAUAUUCAUUUGAUGUAAUCAUUUUUGCAACUGGCUUCAAAAGGUCAACUAACAAAUGGCUAAAGGGAGAUGAUUACCUUUUGAACGAAGAUGGGCUUUCAAAACCAAGUUUCCCAAAUCAUUGGAAGGGUCAAAAUGGGCUUUACUGUGUUGGGCUUUGUAGAAGAGGUUUUUUUGGAGCUUCAUUGGAUGCAAUAAACGUAGCUAAUGAUAUCAAGGCUCUUCUUACUGCCCAAAAUCAAAACUCUAAAUGAUAAUGGGCUUUCGAUCUCCUUUUAAUGGGCCUAUAAUGAACCCUACAGGA